UUUCCUGUCGGCAGUAAUUCAACUCUGUGCCAUCUUGACUUGCCUGAACCGUUGAUAAAUUGAUAACUGCACUGAGGGGAGUGAGGUCUCACAGUCUGAUUUGAACAUGAGGCAUGAGAUUGACUUUGUGAAUACUUGCUGUAGCUUCUGAAGACAUCUUUCUUCUGUGACUUUGACUUUCUUCAUUGUGUUUAUGGGCUGCUGUUUCUGAGAAGACUCCGUCAUGACUCUGCUGGAACCUGAAAUGUUAAUGAUGGCUGUACAGUCAGUGCUGCAGCUGAAGCUCCAGCAGCGCCGGACCCGGGAAGAACUGGUGAGCCAAGGGAUCAUGCCACCUUUGAAAAGUCCAGCUGCAUUCCAUGAGCAGAGAAGGAGCUUGGAGCGGGCUAGGACAGAGGACUACCUGAAACGGAAGAUUCGGUCCCGGCCGGAGAGAUCGGAGCUGGUCAGGAUGCACAUUUUGGAAGAGACAUCUGCUGAGCCUUCCCUCCAGGCCAAGCAGCUGAAGCUAAAGAGAGCCAGGCUAGCCUAUGACCUCAAUGAAAAGAUUGCACAGAGGCCUGGCCCCAUGGAGCUGGUGGAAAAGAAUAUCCUGCCUGUGGAGUCCAGCCUGAAGGAGGCCAUCAUUGUGGGGCAGGUGAAUUACCCGAAAGUAGCGGACAGCUCUUCCUUCGACGAGGACAGCAGUGAUGCCUUAUCCCCUGAGCAGCCUGCUAGCCAUGAAUCCCAGGGUUCGGUGCCGUCACCCCUGGAGACCCGAGUCAGCGAACCACUGCCCAGUGCCACAUCUGUGUCCCCAACUCAGGUUGUGUCUCAGCUCCCAGUGGGCCCAGACUCCGGAGAGAGGCUUUUCCUGGCCGAGCAGCCUCCACUACCUCCCCCGCCCCUGCUGCCGCCCAGCCUCACCAACGGAGCCUCUGUCCCCAUCGCCAAGCCCACACCCACACUGAUUAAGCAAAGCCAACCCAAGUCUGCCAGUGAGAAGUCACAGCGUAGCAAGAAGGCCAAGGAGCUGAAGCCAAAGGUGAAGAAGCUCAAGUAUCACCAGUACAUCCCCCCGGACCAAAAGCAGGACAAGGGGGCCCCCCCCAUGGACUCCUCCUAUGCCAAGAUCCUGCAGCAGCAGCAGCUCUUCCUCCAGCUGCAGAUUCUCAACCAGCAGCACUACAACUACCAGACCAUCCUACCUGCCCCGCCAAAACCAGCAGGUGAGGCUCUGGGAAACAGUGGGCCACCUCCAGCACGUAGCCUCUCCACUACCAACAGCAGCUCCAACUCGGGAGCCCCGGGGCCAGGCGGGCCGGUGCGGCAGAACAGCACCUCGCUGACUGGCAAGCCGGGAGCCCUGCCAGCCAAUCUGGACGACAUGAAGGUGGCAGAGUUGAAGCAGGAGCUGAAGUUGCGGUCACUGCCCGUCUCAGGCACCAAGACCGAGCUGAUCGAGCGCUUGCGUGCCUACCAAGACCAAGUCAGCCCUGCCCCGGGAGCCCCGAAAGCCCCUGCUGCCACCUCCCUCUUGCCCAAGGCUGGCGAGGUGGUGGUUGCCUUCCCAGCGGCCCGGCUGAGUACAGGGCCAGCCCUGGUGGCAGCAGGCCUGGCCCCCACUGAGGUGGUGGUGGCCACAGUGACCAGUAAUGGAGUGGUGAAAUUUGGCAGCACAGGCUCUACACCUCCUGUGUCUCCCACCCCCUCAGAGCGGUCGCUGCUUAGCACAGGCGAUGAGAACUCCACACCCGGGGACACAUUUGGCGAGAUGGUGACCUCACCAUUGACACAGCUCACUCUGCAGGCCUCCCCCUUGCAGAUCCUUGUGAAGGAGGAGGGCCCUCGGGCCGGGUCUUGCUGCCUGAGCCCUGGGGCGCGGGCUGAGCUGGAGGGUCGCGACAAGGACCAGAUGCUGCAGGAGAAGGACAAGCAGAUCGAGGAGCUGACCCGCAUGCUCCGGCAGAAGCAGCAGCUGGUGGAGCGGCUCCGGCUGCAGCUGGAGCAGGAGAAGCGGGCCCAGCAGCCUGCCCCCACCCCUGGCCCACUUGGCGCUGUUGUGAAGCAGGAGAACAGCUUCUCCAGUUGCCAGCUGAGCCAACAGCCCCUGGGUCCCGCUCACCCCUUCAGCUCCAGCCUUGCAGCCCCCACUGGUGCCCCAGGUGUGGUGGUGAAGCAGGAAGCCACACCGUCUGAGCCUGAGCUGGCCCCUAGACCCCAACCCCAGCUACUUCUGGGCCCACAGAGUCCCAGCCUCAUCAAGGGAGUUGCACCUCCCACCCUUAUCACCGACUCCACUGGGACUCACCUCGUCCUCACUGUGACCAAUAAGAAUGCAGACAGCCCCUGCCUGUCCAGCAGGAGCCCCCAGCAGACAGGACCACCUCGCCCCCAGCACUGUGCCUCUGCCUGUCCUGUCCAGCCCUCGUCCCAGCCUGGCUCUCCAGCCCCUGGCCCGCCUGCCCAGAUGGACCUGGAGCACUCACCACAGCCCCUCUUUGGGACUCCUGCUUCCCUCCUGAAGAAGGAACCACCUGGCUACAAGGAAGCUGUGAGCCAGCAGCCCAAGCAGCAGGAAAACGGUUCCUCUAGCCAGCAGAUGGAUGACCUGUUUGACAUUCUCAUUCAGAGCGGAGAAAUUCCAGCGGAUUUCAAGGAGCCACCAUCCCUGUCAGGGAAGGAGAAGGCGCCCUCGACAGGAGGCUGCGGGUCCCCACUGACCUCACAACCCUCACCCUCUGCUGAGCUCCCCCAGGCUGCCCCUCCUCCACCAGGCUCGCCCUCCCUCCCUGGACGCCUGGAGGACUUCCUAGAGAGCAGCACAGGGCUGCCCCUGCUGACUGGGGGACACGAAGGGCCAGAGCCCCUUUCUCUCAUUGACGACCUCCACAGCCAGAUGCUGAGCAGCUCUGCCAUCCUAGACCAUCCCCCAUCACCCAUGGACACCUCAGAAUUGCACUUUGCUCCGGACCCCAGCAGCAUGGGCCUGGACCUGGCCGAUGGCCACCUGGACAGCAUGGACUGGCUGGAACUGUCAUCAGGUGGCCCCGUACUGAGCCUGGCCCCCCUGAGCACCACAGCCCCCAGCCUCUUCUCCACGGACUUCCUUGAUGGCCAUGAUUUGCAGCUACACUGGGAUUCCUGCUUAUAGUUCUCUGGCUCCAGAGACUGGGGGUGGGGAAAGGCUGAACGUUGGGAGCCACAGAACUUUACCAGGUGUGGCUUUCUCCACAUGGUGGUUGUUAGUCUUGACAAUCACAGUCCCUGUUUGGGGUUUUUCCCCUUCUCUGGGAGGCUGGAGCAGAGGGCUUCCUAUUCCUGGCUCAGGCUCACCCACGGUGGAGGAGAGAAGCUGUCAAGAAACAGCUCUGGUUCCCAAACCAGGGUUUAAGAGACCUGGACAGGGCCGGAGCCAUUUCAGUUUGACCUCCAUUUUUGAGGUCAGAGGUGCACUGUCCCGUUCAUUUGACUGAGGCAGGUGAGGCUCAGCCCAGAGGCUUCUCUUGUUGCCCAGGGCCAAGGUGGGUUAAAGGAUGACUCCUUCCUUCCCUCCCCCUUAGCUGUGACGGGGAAGUCAGCCUGGGCUGCUGCCUCCCUAUGCCCCAUGUCAGCUAACCCCAGGGUCCCAAGGUUUUUGAGAGGGCUCCCUGCCAUUUUAGUGUAUCAGUGUAGUGCAGUGGUUGGUGACUUUCUGUACAGGUGUAUAUACCUCUAUAUUAUAUAUCAACAUACAUAUAUAUAUGCAUAUAUGGGGGGGUGCAGUUCCCUCCCAGUCUGCUCUCACAGAAGGGCCUGGAGGCCACAGCUCCUGUAUCUGAAUGCAGGGUCACUCUGAGCUGUGUGUUGCUCAAUCUGGUGCCUGGCCUGGUGUGCAGCUGCCCAGGCCCACCCACCCCAUCACGUGUUUGAUGUGUAGACAAACACUUGCCACAGCUGUGCCCACCUGCCUGGCUUUCUGGCUUAUCAGUGCCAUGAGGGCAGAGGUAGUUCCUGGCCACCCAGCUGGGAGCAUUCCACCUGCCCACAUUCCAACCUGCCGCCUCACUGCAGCUAACGUCCUUGGGGAGCCUCGGGACCAGCGCUGCCCUGCUGUGGGCUGAAAGGUGGCCACGUAACUGGUCUCCUUUGGGUCCCCUCCCGCCUCAGGUUUGGAUCAGAUCCACAGGGGAGGAGGAACGGAGUCACCAAAACCAGUGCUGGGACAGAGAUGGGAAAGCUGUGUUAACUUUUUAAAAUAAAAACAAAAACACUG